AUGCCGGCAGUGCGUGGGACGAAAAGCGCGACCGCGCGGCAACUCGUCCCGAAAACAAAACGGGGAGAAAGCAAGCGCCAGUCGCCACGCCACGCCCCCGCGACGCCCUCUGGUCGGCGCCAAGCCCUCGCUGCGCCGCGUCCGCCGCCCCUGCCGCCUCGCCCGGCUUCCCGCCAGUCAUGGGGCCCCAGCCGUGUCCUCCGUGACGGCCAGCUCCUCGGCAACGCCAUCCCAGGCAGUCGGCGCCGCGGUCUGCGGUGUCGCGGCGCUCGCUUCUGCAGGGCGCUCGCGCGCGUGCGGCGGCGGCGGCGGCAGCGGGCGCCCUUCCUCCCCCGCGGGCGGCCGUUGCAGCGGGGACGGCGACAGCGCAAGCGCCUCCAGCACCGACCUCGUGCUGCUGGCCGGCAGCCACGCACCACGCCGCCGAAGCUCCUCCGGCGCGAGCCGCAGCAACGCGCACGACUCCGAUGA